AUAGGCAAACUGGUCGGCUUACGUAAAGCUCCAAAUAUGUCAGUUACUCACCGCUUUCUCCUGAAAUCCGUCUUAAAGACGGUCAGCCCUGUCAGGUCAAGGCGAUUUUCCACGAAGACGCGCAGCGACCUUCUGACAUACGUCUCGGAGGCAGGCUCCGGAACGAGGGAUUUGCGGGGCGGCCUAAUGACCGGAAUUGAAACCCGCAAUACAGGAAAACGCGGACAAGCGGUACCCAGGCCGUCCGGGGGUGUCAUUUACAGAGAGGAACAUGGAGAAAUGAGACGUUCCCUAAGACAGAUCAUUGAAAAAGAAAUAAAUCCCAAUGUAGACAAGUGGGAGGCAGAGAAACAAUUCCCAGCUCAUACUGUCUUCAAGAAACUUGGAGAUGCAGGUUUUCUCGGAGUAACCAAACCAGCAGAGUACGGUGGUAUGGAUCUGGACUACACAUAUAGUAUGGCUGUGGCGGAAGAGUUGGGCUUCAUCGACUGUGUGGGUGUUCCUACUGCCAUUGGGGUACAGACGGACAUGGCCACACCAGCCCUAGCCAGGUUUGGCAGUGAUAAACUGAAGGCAGAGUUUCUAGCACCUUCCAUCAGUGGGGAUUUUGUCUCCUGUAUUGGUGUCAGUGAAGCUGGGUCUGGAUCAGAUGUGGCCAGUAUUAAGACAACAGCAGAGAAGAAGGGAGGUGAUUACAUAAUCAAUGGCAGCAAGAUGUGGAUAACCAAUGGUGCACAGGCUGACUGGAUGUGCUUGCUGGCUAACACAGGCCAAGGGGCCAGUCAUCAGAACAAGUCCCUCAUUUGUCUGCCCAUGUCCACACCAGGUGUAAAAGUAGCGCGUAAAAUUGACAAAUUAGGAUUGCAUUGUUCCGACACCGCUGAGAUUUACUUUGAUGAUGUGCGUGUGCCACAGACCCACCUGAUCGGGGAGGAGAACAAAGGGUUUACCUAUCAGAUGUUACAGUUUCAGGAGGAGCGGCUCUGGUGUGUGGCUGCAGCCUUAAUUCCAAUGGAGAAAAUCAUACAGCAGACAGCUGAAUACACACAAACAAGGAAAGCUUUUGAGCAGCCAUUGUUGAGUAACCAGGUGAUUCAGUUCACACUGGCUGAGUUAGAGACAGAACUGGAGAGCUUGAGGUCUAUGCUGUACAGAGCUGUUGCUCUCUACAUACAAGGGCAGGAUGUGACCAAACUGGCAUCUAUGUGCAAACUAAAGGCUGGUAGACUAAGCCGUCAGGUGACAGACAAGUGCCUUCAAUUCUGGGGGGGCAUGGGCUUUACACACGAUGCCUAUGUCAGUCGCAUGUACAGAUACCGACUUCUUUCUAUAGGAGGAGGAGCUGAUGAAGUCAUGCUGUCAAUCAUCUGCAAAUACAUGAAUAUUGUACCGCAAAGUGGAAAGGCCUCUGGAUAACAGAACAGAAUCCAACAAGGCUUAUCCUGUACAUAUAUUAGGCUCUACUUCUACUUCUGUUCAGUCUGACAAUCUUUGUACAGACUUGGCUUCAGUGCAUGUGCAUGUGCCUCUCUUUAUAAACACCUUACAUCACUACCACCUCUGUAAACAAGUUUCACCACUGAGCCAGUGCAGUACGAUGUACUACGACUUGUUGGCUCAGCCGUACCACUAAAACAUGCUAAAUGUCCUCUCAUGAAGAUGUAAUGCAGUAUUCAUCAUUGUUUUAGGCAGUCCUUGGAAUUGUGCUAUGCAUAAAUUGGAUAAAUGCAUAUACAGGUAUUAACAAAGAAGGUGCAAAUGGUGGCAGUGAUGUAGAUGCAAUGUAUGUGCAGUGAGCGGUACAUGUGCCGUGUAGACUGUGGAAGACACCUACAUGUUUGUAUAUAUGAUCAGUGCAGCUUUCAGUGAAGAAAUCUGUUUACAUUAUAACUGUGCAAUUACGCAGACAAACAACAGUGUACCUUAAUUGUACCACAUUUAUCAGAGUGGUCCAAACCUAUGUUACAGCACUCUCUUGUCUCUCAGGUCAGAGUUUUAGUGUAUGAGUGACCGUGUUCUUAAAACAUUUAUGUAGUACACCAGCAC